GUUGGACCUCCCGCAGCCCAUCCGUGCCUCUCCUUGUUGUCGCCCCUCUGUGGCGCUCUCUGCUGCACAGAUCCAGCUCCCUCCUCCUCCUGCUCUUCUUCUUCCUCCUCCUCCUCCUCCUCGCUGCGGCUGCCAUGGCUGCGGAGGCUUCCGGCCGGAAAGAUGCGACCAUCACCGGCCCAGCAUACUCCACCGAGAUGCGGGAGCAGCUGAUGACAGAGGGAAACAUGAAAAAAGACGUGGAAGCGUCUCUGCCUGCCACACCGGACAACGUUGCAAUCCGGUGCCGAGAUGUAUGCCGGUCGUACGGAAAGCUAAAGGUCCUGACCAACCUUAACCUGACCGUACCACAGGGACAGAUUUAUGGCCUUUUGGGUCCCAGUGGAUGUGGAAAAACGACACUUUUAAAAUGUAUGGUAGGAACACUGAAAAUAUCAAGAGGGCACAUCACUGUGUUGGGGAAGCCGCCUGCAUUUCCUGGACAUGAGGUCCCAGGGAAGAUGGUUGGAUACAUGCCACAGGAACUGGCGCUGUACAACGAGUUCACCAUUAGCGACACCUUGACUUUCUUUGGACGGAUCCAUGGCCUGACAUCGAAGGAAACCCAAGCGCGCAUGAACUUCCUCAUUGACUUCCUGCAUCUACCUCAGAAAAACAGCCUAGUUCGAAAGCUCAGCGGGGGUCAGAGGCGGAGGGUGUCUCUCGGAGCUGCCUUGCUGCAGAAUCCUGAGCUGCUCAUCUUGGAUGAACCGACGGUUGGAGUGGACCCCGUGCUUAGAGCCAAGAUCUGGCAACAUCUGGUGGAGAUUGUGAAGACGGGGAAAGUCUCUGUCAUCAUUACUACGCACUAUAUAGAGGAGGCCAGGCAAGCCAACGUGGUUGGUCUGAUGAGAAACGGCCAUUUGCUGGCAGAAGGUCCUCCAGAUGCAGUCAUGAAGCACCACAGUGCAACGACCCUGGAGCAUGCCUUCUUGCAGCUGUGCGAGUCGUCGGACCAGAACUCCAUGCGGGAAUCCAGCUCCGAGAGCGAAACUCUGGAGAAAAGCCAAACGUUCGCGAAUGGCCGGGACGAGAGUCAGCCAAUCCUUGCGGUUGGGCCUCCGCCUGCGGAAGAAGUUCCUAAAUGUACAGCGGACUGGAAGGCGCGGGCCAGACACAUCCUGCCGAAGGGGAGAAACAUCGGAGCCCUGGUCAUCAAAACAAUGGUGCGGAUGAAGAGAAUGCCAGGCUCGUUGUGUUUCCAGUUCCUGCUGCCGGUCAUCCAGAUCUCGCUCAUCUGCCUGUGCGUCGGCGGCGAUCCGAAGGGGAUCAAGGUUGCUGUGGUGAACAACGACACCUACCCCCCGUCCAGCUCGUUCAGCCAGUCGCUGCUCUCCUUCCUGGAUAACUCCAGCGUGAUCCAGGUUCCCCUGCCCCACAACGAGGCGUUCGAAGGGGUCCAUAGAGGGGAGUACUGGGGGGUCAUCGGCUUUGGACAGAACUUCACCAAUUACUUGACUAAACGGAUUCUGCAGCGGCAGGUUUCCAAGGAAGUGAUCGACGGAGGAUCGGUGCACGUCUGGCUGGACCUGACCAAUCGACAGAUCGGCCUCAUGCUGCAGAAGCAGCUGCACCAGGCGUUUCAGGCUUUUGUGGAUUAUAAAAUGGGCACUUUGGCGUACUUGGCUGCUCUACCGAUAAAGUUUGAAGAGCCGAUCUACGGAAGCCUGAACAUGGAUUUUACCACCUAUGUGACUCCAGGAGCCGUCCUGAGCAUCUCUUUCUACCUGGCUGUGGGUCUGACGGCGCUCUCCUUCGUCCUGGAGAGGAAGGAGGGGCUUCUGGACAGGUGCAGGGUCGCAGGUGUGAGCUCCCUGGAGACGAUGCUGGCUCACCUCUUCUCCCAGCUCUUCGUCAUCAGCGUUCAGAUCCUCCUGAUGCUGCUCUUCAUCCUGCUCGUCUUCAAGAUGCCGAACGAAGGCUCCCUGUUUCUGGUCAUAUGUCUGAUCGUGCUGCAGGGCGUCACGGGAAUCUCCUUCGGCCUGGUCAUCUCGGCGGGGAUCGACGACGAGCAGAGCGCCAACCAGGCCGCCCUGGGCAUCUUCUACCCUAACCUCAUCCUGAGCGGUAUCAUCUGGCCUGUGGAGUGCAUCCCGUAUCCUCUCCGCUACGUCAGCCUGGCUCUUCCUCAGACCUACGCUUCCGAAUCCCUUCGCUGCAUCAUGUACAGAGGCUGGGGGAUGUCCGAGAUGAUGGUGUGGCGAGGUUUUGCCGUCACCCUGGGCUGGAACACGUUCUUCCUGAUCCUGGCCACCGUCAUCCUAAAGCUGAGAACGUGACGGCCUCCGUCCCCUCGGAAGACGCCGUCCUGAGCGGAGACGGAUCAGGAGCCGACAACAACCCUUGGACCCCGGCCUCGUGGAGGCAAAGCAGAAGAAAUAAAGAGGAAAAUGGGGAGGAAAGAGGGAGGGAUCUCCCUCCUACUGGUCGUCUCUCUGAAACACACUAACACACACACACUCUCUGAUCCUCCAGCAGUUGGUUUGACCUGUUCAAAGUCUAAAUUCAAGAUGCUUCAAGUAGAAAAAACAAAGUAGCAGCAGUCGAUGUUUGUUUGCACUUCUACGUGCAGUUUCUCGAAAACCUUCAUCCUGCGAACAGCCGCGAACCAACUCUGGGCCACUUUUUGUUUCUUUUUUUCUUUUCUUUUUUUUGCCUUUUGAUUUAACGCCGAGAGAUUUUUCUGUUUAGAAUAAAUGAAGAGACCGUAUUGUUCAGUUUUUGAUAUGAAAAGAAAAAAACAUAUAAAUACGUUGACCGUAACGGAUGGACGUUUGGGGUUCAUGCCGUCUGUGCUACAAUGAAGAUAAGACGGGCAACGGAGAAAAUGAAGGAAACUUUAAAGAGGAGGAGCACAAAAAAUGAGAGAAAGCAUCUCUUUUCCAAGCAGGAAAUUGAGAUCAUUGCACAAUGACAUGUGAAUGCAGACGGAGGUAAAAAAAAGCUGAUGAUUGCUUCUUAUUUCCUCGCCCGUGAAGGCUUCUUCCCACAGCGUCCCCGUCUCUCUCGCUGCUUGCUCGGUGUGUUUACGUUGAGCCCGUCGUUCCCGUCUGAUUGCGAAAGGAAGCGGUAACCGCUUGAUCUCGCUGCGUUACCAGGUGCUCAACGUGUCGAUCUUGCUCAGCUUUGGUCGCUGGUGUUCCUUAUAACUUUGUGCCUGUAUCUCCUAGAGGAGGGGAAAAUGUUGGUGAUGGGGAAUUUAUUUUUUUAUCUUUUUUUUUCCUGGCCUGUUUUCCCACGAACGCUCUACUUUGCCGGACAGAGUGGAGGCCGUUCUCGAGCCGUCAGCAUCCAUGCUUCUUUUUUUUUUUUUUCUUCACAUAAAAUAAAAUAUAAAUGUCAAAACACUUUAUAUUUCAUUACAUUUUUCCUUAAGGAGUCCUAGAAAAUCUAAGCACACAGGAGUGAGUCUUUUGGGGGUUGAAUACAGAAAUGUUGUCAGUGCCAUGAGAAAAAGAAGAAAAAACUUUGAAAGUGUGAAAGUUUAUAAGUCAGAAAAUUUGCUUUUCCAUCCUGCUGAUAUGGGGACAAAUACCUGUAGUGGAAAAGCCACAUUUUGAAUGACGUAUGUAAAGGUGCAUUGAGAUGGGUCUGUUUUUAUAGGUGGGAUUUAUACAGUUAUAUUUUCUCAACGUCUAAAAACAAAAAUAAAUUGUCACUAGAGAAACACAGCUGUAUUUAUUUUUUUUAGUAAUGUGAAACCAAUGAGCCAAACUUUCUUUCGAUCUCUAAGGUGGUUUUGCUGCAGUGGUAAGUUUUGAUAUGUGCAAUACGGGUCGCCACCCAGAUCAGCACAAUGUAGGGGUGGAGAAAACUAACAUUACUUGCAGCCAGAAUUGGUUUUCUGUCGCUUAUUUGCAUGCGUUGCGUGCAAUCCAGGCGCUGUAGAAAUCUGGAAACACGGCUGUAUUAUAACGGCAACGCAGUCAUGAUUCAAAGUGACUCGGCUCUAAACUGAAGGGUCUUCUUCUCUGCUUUUUAAGAAAUCGGGAAUCUCAUUGGGAUUGAAACACGGCUUAAGAUUCAUGAACUCUUUCAUUUUCGAAACUGUAAAGGACGGGGCUCACCUCUGAUCAGAGUUUCUCCAGCACCUCUGACGGUUUUUCAGCUUUUAUUUUUAUUUUUUAUUUUUUGCAGAUUGGCUUCGUUUCUGUCAAUAAUGAGCAACGUUUGAAAGAGAUGAGAGAGAUGUCUCGUCCGUUUUCAGCUGGGAAUCACCCCAUUGGCGAUGGAUUAUUUAACCACUGAAAUGAGGUGAAUUUUACAUUUUGCAGAUGUGGCAAGCAAAAAGCAAUAAAGCGAACUGCCCAAAAGAUCUGGUUUAAAAUCCUCACUAAGUUUUCUACAGCGUGCAGACAGGAAACUACUUCAAUCCCUGAAUCGUGGCAACGUUGUGUUCCUGACUGUUUCAUAAGUCACAGUUAAGCUGUCAGUUCAGUUCAGAAAUACUUGACUAAUAACAAAGGGAAAAUACAUCAGCUGAACCUGACUAUUACUCUGAAAGCACUCUGGUGAAAUCAACCUAAACCAAUGAAAAACCGUCUGAGAGCGCAGAGAAAUGUCGCUAAACUUCACCUUAAGACAUUCGAAGAAAGAUUGACUCAUUGGGAUGAAAAUGUAAAGAAAUGACACACGACUCUAAACAUUUGCAAAGAUCUGUGCAACCUGCUUUUUAUUUUAUUUUUUUUUAGAAAGUUUACUCAGAGAUUAGUGUUAACAAUCUCAAUCCUUUGUCUUUGGAACCAGCAUCACAUGUUAGUGCCAGCUGAAGAUUCAAAAUGUUUACAAUGAUCUGCAUGUAAUAAAUCUGAGCGUGUUUUUGCUAUGGGGGGAGUUUCUCUAAACACGUGUUCCAGUUUGGGUUAUAUCAGAGCAACCGCUACUGUGAAUGAGUUUGGUGUUCAUAUUCUAUUGAAAAUGUUGAGUUAUUGUUUGAUCGAACAAGGUGAUCACAUCCUCAGACAGAAUCAUUAAUAAGCUCCUUAAGGAUAAUACACUUUAAUAUAAUAACGUUUUUGUGCCUCGGUCUGAUCCUGUCACAAUAUUGAACCUUUGUGAAACAUAUUUAGAGGGAUGCUCUGUCUCUGGGCUCACUGGUACAGCUUGUUUAAACAUUAUUUUAUGUUAAGAACCUGUAUUUGGACUGUGAGGUUAUCAUUGCCAAAAACCAUGUUUAAACUUUGUAAUACGGUGGUGAUGUCUGUUAAAAUUUGCUCUUUUUUUAAAUGAUUUUUUAUUGAAAUAGCCUUGUGCUGCAACUGAUUUUGACUCCGUUCAAAUUGGAAAUCCUGCCCAACACUUGCAAAAACACUUAAAGACAAGCCACGGGGGCGGGGAGGCGUCUAUUGAUCAGAGGUUGCCUGUUUUGAUUUAAAAUGUGACUUUUGUUUGUUUGUUUUUUGGUAAAAAUGUUGCAGACAAUGUAAGCGGUGGCGUGUGCGUCCGUCCGUGCUCUGUAGACUCCAGUCGACUUCCUCCGCCGUCCCUCCCUGGAGGGCGAAUGAAGAAUUUACACGCCUGCGUUGUGACCUGCGUGCGCUGCGACAGCAGACACGCUUGGAUGAAGUCCUAUUCGUUUAUUCUGAAACAAUAAAUGUCGUUGAAGAAUCCUU